AUGUUUGCAGACUUAAAUGUAGUAUGGCCUUCGUUAGGUAUAAAAGAUUCGACAAUAGUGAAUACUGUUAAGAUGCUCGAAAAAUUGGGUUAUGCGGCUGUUGCAUUGAAUUAUCAGUUUGAUGGAAAAUUACAAAACGUUAUUAAAAACCCCAUCCCUGCCACUUUGUAUCCAGAACAGAAAAUUAAGAUUUAUUCACGAAUCACUUUAACCAUCGAAUCGACACCUCAGAACAAAAUUUUGCAUAAUGCAACAAAAGAGUUUGACAUUCUGGGUUUAAGACCAGUGGGAGAAAGAUUGCUGCAGCAAACUGCUAGUGAUCUUGAGUUUGACAUAUUGUCCUUUGAUUUUUCUCAGAGAUUACCCUUUUAUUUGAAGCAUACUAUUAUGGGACUCGCGGUUUCUCGAGGAAUCGGAAUUGAGAUUUCUUAUGCUUCGGGCUUGCGGGAAACUUCUAGUAGAAGAAAUUUGGUUACAAACGCUUCUAGUUUGGUUCGCGCUACCAGAGGACGCGGUAUAUUAAUAUCCAGCGAAAGCAGAAGUCCAUUAGAAUGCCGUGCCGCCUUUGACGUUAUAAACCUAGCGACCUUUUGGGAUCUGAAACAAGAUCAAGCUAGGUAUGCUAUUAGUGGAUUCUGUCGAUCUAUUAUAUUGCAUGCUGAAACAAGAAGAAAUACUUAUCGUUCUUCCGUUAAACUGGUGGAUGAAGAUACUACACCAAAUAAAAGAUUGAAGGUGGCUGCCUAA